CUUGAGACGAGACAUAAUUCAAUUAUGCUUGUCAAAUGACUUCAGUCUUCGGUGCCAUUACUACGUUUCGCGGUGCUGCGGCUUGUCUUGAGUAAUUAAUCGGGCUUACCUUUCUCCAGCCAACUUGGAGUACUCCAAACAGACGAGACGUGGCAGUAAUGGCACGGAUUUUCAGAAUUUGAAGUACGUUGACCAACUGUGACGUCGAGGAUUUGAAAAACCAGCUAUAAUUUGAAUGCGUUUACGCUGAGUUCUCUCCGACCAUUCCUUACGCUCUUUCUAUCAGCCAUGUUACAAUUUCCCGACCUGCCCCUUCCUGACAGUGCGCGGCUCGUUGUUGGCGCCAUAACUUGUCUUGGUGUGAUAGGAGUGUUUUCUCUGGCUUAUCUUCCUCAAUCGAUCAAUGGCCUUCCUCUCCCACCUUCCCCUUCCACUUGGAAACUUCGGGGACACUUUCUGCCGCCUCGCAAAUCAUUUCUUACCAUAGCGGGUUGGAUUGAUGAGCACGAUUUCGUGGUGAUUGGCCGCUACAGAGCCGCUAUGGAUAUCAUGGAGAAUCAGGGUGCAGCGCUAGCUGACCGUCCUCGUAUGAUUGCUGCUGGAGAGAUAUUUAGCGGCGGACAGGGUCUCACCUCUACACCCUUUGGGGAGAAGUUCCGCCUAAAGCGUAGAGCACUUCACACGCACCUCCAGCCUAAAGCAGCCGAAGCUUAUCAGCCCCUGCUGAUGUCACAUGCGAAGAACCUGGUCCUCGACAUUCUUGAUGAUCCACAUAACUUCCAGAACCAUGUGAUAACUUUUUCUUCGACGACAAUGAUGAAAGUUGCAUAUGGGACCACUACGCCCACUUCUGCGACUGAUCCCCUAGUCAGGGAGAUGUACCAACUCAUGAAGGUGGUCAGUAAACUCCUGCGCCCUGAUGCCUACUACCUGGUGGACUCGAUCCCAUGGCUCAAACACAUUCCUUGGUAUGGCCAAGAAUUGAAACAGGGGUUUGAGAGGAGCAAGAGGCUCCACACUGGUCAGCUGAACCGAGUAAAAGAGCAAAUGCGAAGCAAUGCGGACAUUGGUCCUUCGUUCACGAGGUUUAUGUUAGAGAAUAGCGAUCACUAUGGUUUGACGGAGGUCGAGACGGCUUUUCUCAGUGCUGCCUUCUUUGGAGCUGGUUCCGAUACAACUACUUUGGCCAUGUGCAUAGUGCUCCUGGCAGCCGCAUGUUUCCCCGAGGAGCAGGGUAAAGUUCAAGCUGAGCUUGAUGCGGUCAUCGGAAGCCACCGAGCACCAACUUUUGCCGACCAACAAUCCCUUGUUCGUCUGCGUGCCUUCAUAUCUGAGGCUUUGAGAUGGAGACCUGUUGCUCCCAAUGGAGUUCCUCAUCGAACAACCAAAGACGUGAUUUGGGAGAACUACUGCAUUCCAGCUGGCACUACAGUAUUCGGCAACACUUGGUCCAUCUGUCGAGAUCCAGAAGUCUUUCCCGAGCCUGACGCGUUCAAGCCUCGACGCUGGAUCAACGACCAAGGCUGCCUGAAAGAUGAUCUAACUAAUUUUCUUUUUGGGUUUGGUCGGCGCGUGUGCCCCGGACAACAUGUCGCGAACAGAUCGGUGUUUAUAAGCACGGCCCUGAUUCUUUGGGCCUUCCAGCUCACCCUCGAUCCUACACAGCCGUUGGAUGACACGGGCUUCAUGAAUUCGGAGAAAACACACCGACCGUGCUCUAUUAAAUUCAAGUUGAGGAUUCCGGAAACAGAACUCAGGAGCAUGAUGAAGAGUUAUCCUGAGACUGGUCAUCUCUAGAAAAAGAACGAAGUACCUGUUCGAAAUGAAUCGGUGACCAAUGUUGGAACCAUGCCGCUAAGACAUGUACUCGCAACAACUCGUGUCCAUUGAGAACUAUGUAUGAUAGCUGUCGAUUAUGCUUUGUCGUUAUCAAGUUUCUCCCUCAGACAGUUCAUUUUGACUGACUGGAUGGAGUCCGGAGGACACGCCAGAUGGCCUCUCUUAAAUUUUGAGCUACCCAGGCUCACGAAUUCUCUAGUCAUUGUCAAUAGUUUCCGCACAAUCUGAAGUGGCCAGAA